AUGUACGAAGCUGGAAAAACAAACCAGGUUAUACGAGAAAUGGAAAAAUAUAACAUGGAAAUUCUAGAGAUAAGUGAAUGUAGAUGGAAUGGACAAGGAAUGAUUAGACAUGCAAGUGGUGCAACAAUAUGCUUUUCAGGACAGGAAAGCGGACAUUACGGGGGAGUAGCUCUAAUAAUCAACAAAAAAAUAACAAAGACACUGAUAUACUGGGAGCCUAUAAAUGCAAGAAUUAUACGAGCAAGAUUCAACUCUAAAUAUACAAAAUUGACCAUUAUCCAAUGUUAUGCACCAACUGAGGACCACUGCGAUGAAGACAAAGAUACUUUUUACAGCACACUUGAAGAAACCGUGAGGAAAACCCCAAAGCAUGAUGUAAUGGUAGUUAUGGGCGAUAUGAACGCAAAAAUAGGAAUAAAUAACACAGGGAGAGAGAGGGUGAUGGGAAAGGAAGGUCUUGGCAAAAUGAUGAAUGACAAUGGAGAGAGAUUUGCAGAUUUCUGCAUGGAGAACGACUUAGACAUUGGAGAAUCUAUCUUCAAACAUAAGGACAUUUAUAAAGAAACAUGGGUUUCUCCAACUGGGAAAACAAAAAAUCAGAUUGACCACAUCCCAAUAAAUAGAAAAUGGAGGACAUCCCUUCAAGAUGUCAAGGCAAAAAGAGGUGCUGAUGUGGGAAGUGAUCAUCACUUACUGGCAAGCCAAAUCAAAUUAAAAUUACGUAAAACGUCAAACAAAAAGCCAGAAAUUCUCUUUAACACUCAGAGGCUGAGAGACCCAGUCACCAGAAACAUCUUUGAAAUCAAUCUCAAGAAUAGUUUUGAGGUACUAGAAGAGCUACCGACUGAGGACAUUGAGAGUGGCUGGACACAAUUUAAACAGGCUUUUACAGAGACAAGCAGUUUGGUCCUAGGGCAAAAGAAAAAAGCAUGGAAAACAUGGAUGACACCAAAAUAA